UCACACACAAGUAAGUUGAGGAAACUUCUACUUCUGGCUGUGUGUGAAAAAGAUAAUAAUUUUCGAGAGCGGAGCUGUAUAGUUUGAACUGGUCCAGAAGAAUACGUCUCCACAAUGACCGCUCAACGGAGUUUGAUGUUCUUGGCGUUGGUGCUGGGCUCUGUGGUUGGUGCUGAGGUGUACCUGAAUCAGUUUGCUGUGCACAUCUCCGGGGGCCACAGUGCCGCCAGCAGGGUGGCACGAGACACUGGUUUCAUCAAUCUGGGACAGAUUGGAAGCCUGGACGAUCACUACCUGUUCGAGAUCCCUCACAGACAGAGGCGGUCUGCUACUCACAGCCACGAGCAUCACACAGCCCUGACGGACCAUGGCGAGGUCGGCUGGUUCGAGCAGCAAGUCGUCAAGUCUCGCUCGAAGAGAGAUUUCCACCCUCGGGAUGUGGCCGAACAGAUGAGUGUCCUGGACCCUUACUGGAAGAAUCAAUGGUAUCGUGAGUAGGGACCCUACGAGUGGAAAGGUCACACGGGAAGGAACGUCAUGGUUUCGGAUCCAUACGCAAGUUAUGAUUUGAAUGACCAUGAUAAUGACCCUAUGCCGAGAUAUGAUGCUUCUAAUGAAAACAGGCAUGGCACCAGGUGUGCUGGGGAGGUGUCUGCUGAGGCGAACAACACAGCCUGCACCAUCGGGAUUGCCCCCGAUUCCAGGAUUGGAGGUAUUCGUAUGCUUGACGGUGAAGUGUAUGAUGCUGUUGAGGCUGCUUCCCUGAGCUUCAAUCGCAGCCAUGUGGACAUUUAUUCAGCUAGUUGGGGCCCUGAUGAUGAUGGGAAAGUGGUGGAUGGACCAGGAAAGUUGGCCAAGGAAGCCUUUAUCAAAGGCAUUGAAAAUGGCCGUGGCGGCAAAGGCUCUAUCUUUGUCUGGGCCUCUGGCAAUGGCGGCAGCGCUCACGACUCUUGCAACUGCGACGGGUACGCAAACAGCAUCUUCACCCUGUCCAUCAGCAGCACCUCGGAGAACGGCAUCAAGCCCUGGUACCUGGAGGAGUGCUCCUCCACCCUGGCCAGCACUUACAGCAGCGGCGCCUACAACGAGAGGCAGAUUGCAACCACAGACCUGAGACAACGGUGCACCACCACCCACACGGGCACGUCAGCGUCUGCUCCUUUGGCUGCGGGAAUUGUGGCUCUGGUGCUGGAGGCAAACCGAGACCUAACCUGGAGAGAUGUCCAGUACAUAACUCUCAUGACGUCUCGGUCAGAUCCAAUCGAAGAUGGACAGUGGAUCGUCAACGGAGUUGGCAGAAAAGUAAGUCUUCGCUAUGGUUAUGGACUAAUGGAUGCUACAGAGAUGGUGAAGCUGGCAAAGGUGUGGAGACAGGUGCCAGAGAAACAUGAGUGUCUGAUCACAUCCGAUGUUCAGAACGUACCACUAGCCAGUGGCAAUAAGUUCUCCAGCCAAGUGUUGACCAACGGCUGUGUGGGAACCUCGACUGAGGUGAACUACCUAGAACAUGUCCAGGCUCGGAUCAGCCUUACGCACAGCCAGCGAGGCAGUGUUGUGAUCUACUUGACCUCACCCAGUGGAACCCGCUCCAAGGUCCUGCCGGCCAGAAGUAAUGACGUCGCUCCCGGUGGCUUUGAUAACUGGCCAUUGUUGUCAGUACAUUUUUGGGGGGAGAAUCCUCGGGGGACCUGGACAUUGGAGAUUGAGGAGGCCAACAUGUACAACAGGCGUUCUUCUGGAGGUAAGUUGGCUUCAUGGUCCCUGGUACUUCACGGGACUCGAGUGAAGCCCGUGAGGCUGCUUAAUGAAACCUCCCCGGCCACCACCACUAAGACCACAGCAGCCACCACUAGCUCAACAUCAACGACAACGACAAAGAAACCAAGCACACCAAAGGUGGAGGCCUGCCACAAAGAGUGUGCCGGGGGCUGUACAGGGACCAGGCCCGAGGACUGCAAUGAGUGUAAAAAUUUCAGGGUCAGCUCCACUAGAGUGUGUGUCUCACAAUGCCCGGAUGGAUUCUAUACCUCUGGCGACAUGUGCAUGCCGUGCGACGCCUCGUGUGCCACGUGCUCGGGCCCGGCACUGACAGAGUGCCAGUCGUGCCACGAAGGUCGCCACUACCACCAACUCAAGGACAAGCACAGUGUAUGCAACAUAGAGUGUGUCGACGGAUUCUUUUACAGUACCAAUUCCUGCCUGCCCUGUGAUGUCGGCUGUAAACAUUGCGAGUCCUCCGCUCUCCACUGCACUGCCUGUCGCAAGGGUUACUCUCUAAAAGACGACAAGUGCGUGUCUCAAGCGGCUGUCGUCUCUGUGAUGUUUGAGCACAUUACUUUGAGCAUUGUCUUGAUAAGCGUCAUUGUCCUGCUAGUUGUGUUUAUUUUUAUGGGUCUGCUGUACAUGUAUCGUAAUCAACUGUUUUUCUGGUCGGAUCGAAAGAUGUAUGGGCCCGUGCCACGGGAAGAUGAGGAGGCUGUGGUACGACUCACGUAUAGUGAUGAUUUUGAUGAGGAUUUUAAAUCCUAGGUUGCGCGAUGUGAAUCUGUUGCAGUAAAGUUUUGAAACUAGGUGAUUUUUUGAAAUUGUUGCACUACAAAACCCCACUCUAUUUCUACCGUCUUUGGCACAGACAUACACCCUCAAACACACAGAAAACUGUGCUGUCAGUGAGAUAGUUAACUGACUUACGUUAGCUCUGAGGUACUAAGACAGCUAGCUAAGUGCACAAAUUAGCUAAGGCAAUUUUGCUCAGACUAACCUGUAAUCACCCCCACCCCACCCCACCCCCACUUUUUUUUAUAUUAAAAGAAAGAGGUUUGCACUGUGGUCCUAAUGAUGUUACGAGAACACCUAAAAAUGUUUUACUCCUUGAUAGCAAAAGUUGAUGUGUAAAUUUUCAGAAAUUUCUGUGAAUUUCACAAAUCAACCAUAUAUUAUGUACUCCUUUAUUUCACAACUUUACUGUUGCAAAUGCACAUGUUGUCCGGUUGUUUGAUUUAAAUGAUAUUUUUUUCUGGAGGUCCUGAUUUAUUAGAGAGUUUGGGGGGAGGGUUUUUUUUUUCUCCUAAAAUAUAUGCUUUGGCUUCCCUUGUCAUUCAAAUAUUGUACACAUGUCAAGUGGGGUGCCUAAGAGACAGAAAUCAAAAGAUUUUGUUGAGAUAAUUACUGUCAUUGUUUACCCUUGUGUCAAGUUGUAAUGUCUUUCUCAAUUUGCUCUGUUGCUUCGUGUGAUCUUGCAUAAUGAUUUUGUGGCAUACUGGAAGCAUAUCUGAGGUGUGGGCACCUCCUUCUCUAGGGUUUCGCUGGAGUUGCCAUUGUCUUUUCGAGCCCUUGCCUUUUGUAUUCUGUUGUCCACCUCACAGACUGAUGAGCAGGUGUCUGGAGAUUGUUGUUAGUAGUUAAGUAGGUCUUACUUUUCUUGCCAUUUCUUAGCACAAAUGACUAGAUCUAUUAUUGUGAUGACGUGAUGUGCUUCUCUUCUCUUGAACAAACGAGCAAACAAAUGAACUGAGGUGUUAUAUUUUCCGUUCCUGAAUUCAAACCUUAAACAUCACAAGCCAUUACUCAUAAUGGUACUCUUAUUUAUUUAAGGGUGUUCUCACAAGGUCGCUUAUCCAUAUGUUUAGUUGUCUCCAUUCUCCUUCUGUCUAAUCCAUCUCAAGCCGUCCCUCAAACUUGAAUAUUUGAACAAGUGUCAGGUACAGCGUCUUUGAUGAGGAGAGAGUUAAAGAUAUGGAUACGCCCCUUAUAAGUUAAGCUUUAUAAGCGUGUCUCUAGCAAAAGCAUAACAGCAGCAGUCUUUUAUGUGGACAUUGAUGACUCAUCAGUUUGUGAGAUGGACAACUACCUGUUGCCUUGAGGUGCUGUGCACCAGAGCCCAUUCAUAGUUUGAAGCAAGGACUGUUUUGUCAGAAAUGUUGUUCACAGCCUCUUGCAAAAUGUUAAUACGUGACCGAAAGUUUAACUCAUUAUCUCUAUUAAUAGUAUAUUAUUGAUGUUUGAGAAUUUCUUGAUUGCAAGUAAUUCUUAAAGUCCUGGUGAUUGCUGUUUGUAUUAUACUUCGAAAAAGAAAAAAAUUAUUCCCUGGACGUGUGACUAUAAACCGUUUUGCAGUUGCAGUGGAAUCUGAUGUUCAGAGUUCGUGUGAUUGGUCAAGCUAGUAGUGCAGUGAGUCACAGUAGAAUGUUUGUGUGGUUGCGGUGCUAUGAGAGAGGGGGAAGAAAGGGAGGGCGGAAGGGACAAGAAAAAAAGGUCAGGAGGAGUGGAUGAGAGAGUAUCUCACUCCAGUUAGUUUUCUUUGAUCUUUUCCUUUGAUCAAGUGAAAGCUGUUCUACAAUGGUGAAGUGUUUUCAAAGUAAGAAGUAACCUUUUUUCUUUGCCUUCUUUUUCUGCUAUGUAUAAAGAUCCUUGUAAUGUUGAAGAUGAGCUUUAAAGUUAUAUGUAGAGUUUUUCAGUAGAGUGGUAGCCUACCGUAGCAAGUUGUGUUGGUAAGGGUUGUUUUUGGAUUUCAUUUUCCCAUAACUUUUUGUAUAGCAAACAUUGUUAGUGGAGACAUUACUGUCUUUAUGUUAAGUCAAAGCAAACUAGCCUGAUAUUGUGGACAAAGAAUGUUUUAAUGUCAAGUUAAUGAGCAUAGUUCUAGUUGUGGAGAAGCCCAACAUUGUGAUGAAGGUAAUGCCAUUCUUUGACAAACCUGGCAGACAGACAGACUGAGAACUGUGGAAGAUAAUUAUGCUUCUACACUCUCUGUAGAUAUUGUUUACUUUACUUUCAAAGCAAAACACUAAAAUAGCUCAAAUGUUUUAUCGAGUAUUGAAAUGAAAUGUUGGGAUCAGAAGUUUUUCCCCCUGGCUCCUCAUCUGAUCAUUGGUUUGGGCACAUUCUACACUGUCGUCUGGGUCAUCCAAAUUGUCUUGGUCCACCAAAUAAUGAGAAUACAAGUUUUCCUGUAUUCAUGAUGCUUGUAGUCUUGUAUAUGGCUGCAAUGUGGCUGCUGAUAUUUAGCCUGGACAGCUUUACUAUUUCUUUUGCUUUCCUCAGCAAAAAAAAUGUAGCCGUGGCUUUUUAUUCUUUUCAGCCUUCACUUUGUUUGGCUGGUCAUGAUGCCAUUUUUUGUCUAUUCUUUUUUUAUUUAUGUGUAAUCUCCAUGUCUGGAAAUUUUAAUAAAAUUGUUUGUGUCUGGUAUAUCAUGUCUCUUGAGGUGAAGUUCAACAGACUGGUUUGUUGUUUAUUGAUUAUUCACCUACCAGUUUCUGCUUAUUUCUUUGCUGUGCAUGUAACUGUAUUGAUGGUCCUGAUGUCUCUGAGGAAAUAUCCGUCUAGAUAGAUAAAGCAGUCACCUUGGUAAAGGUUGCCCCUUUCAGUUUAUAAACUGCAAGCUUGAUGAUUAUUUACAGAAAUAACUUAUUAAGUAUGAUGGAAAGACAAAGCUUGCGUGAAAAUAUAUUGGUUGUAAAUAGUUAUUUAAGUCAAAAAUUUUCUUGGGUUUUUGCUUUUUUUUGUUUUGUUUUUCUUCCCCUAUCAGGUGCAUAGACACGUCUUCCUUUUUUCCACCAUUCUCCUCUGUGAGUGAAAUUGUGAACUCAACUGAUGUAUUACUAUUUUCUAACUUUUCGCUGACUGCUGGUACAUUCUGGCUAGCUGUAGGCCUCUCUCAUGCCACUGCUUUUUAUUUCAUAGAUAUCUAUGUAUUUGAAAAAACAAAACAACGUAUGAGUUUACAGGAAAAAUUAAAUUGAAAGACACAGGAAAGUGGCUAUAACAGCACAUAGAAAUAGGUAGCUGGUACCCCUACGAGUAAAUUAUUAUUGAUUUAGCUUAAGGUUUUAUGUAUGGCUAUUUUGGUCAGCCAAAGUUUAAUCAUAGCUUGUUGUUGAAAUGUUUUUAGUCAUAAGUUUACAGUAAAUUUCCAAAUUUGUACCUAUUUGAGACAAGCAACAUUUUGGCCUCUGGUGCAUUAGAAAUUUUUAUUAACUUCUUUGAACACUUGCUAAUAAGAAUUUACUGAAAUGAGAAGACAUGAUUGUAAUGUGAACUGUGGGAAAUUACAAAGGCGCUAUGUCUGAGCAACUUGAUUUGAAUCUCCUUCUCUGUGUGAUAUCAAGACCAAGAACAAAAUGAAAUGGAGAAUUUAUUUACCCUUUUUCCGCCUGGCACAGAACGUUUUGGGCUGCUGUGUAUGAUCAUGUAGCAUUCAUGGUAGUGGACGGAUUGGUCUGUAAAUAUUCUGUUAUAAUCAAUGUACAUGUAUGUCCAAGCCUUUGGGGGCUUCAGUGUUCUCCUUGUUGCUGUCAAAAGUCUAUUAAUAAGUGGUGCAUUUGUACUGUAUGUUUAAGUCUAUACCAGUUCUCCAAAUAGUUGGUUGAUGAGUGAAGCUAUGUUUUACUGCUGAAUGUUGAAUUUGUUGCACAGAAAUGGGGCGUAUUUAGAACAUGUCGAAAGAGUAAAUGUUAUAAACACUGAUGAGGAAGAGUUACAUAUUUGGUCGAAAUAAUUCUUGUUGCAGCUUAAUUUUGUGUACAGAGUUCCCUCUUUAAAUUCAUUGACCUGGUUCUUUGCUGCCGAGGUGCUUCUAAUCUUUGCUUUCUGUAGUUUUUGUUGGGACUUUUGUUAAUCUGAUGAAGUAUUAUAGAGGAGACGGCCAUGACAGUAUGAAUGUGCACUUGUGUGUGUCACUGUGUGUGUGUGUGUGUGUAUGUGUGUGUGUGUAUGUUUGUGUGUUUAUGUGUGUAUGUGUAUGUGUGUGUGUAAGGUGAGUGUAAGGUGAGUGACCAAAUGCAGCAUCUGUACCAUACUUGUACAAUAGUGAGAUGUGUGAAGAGCAGCUGUAAAGUCAGUCACAUUGGGUUAGUGUGUUCGCUGAAGUCUGUUUUUUGCCUUGUGGUAUGAGUUAGGCUACUCUUUACAGUAGAACUGGAUAAAGGUUAAGCUGGAGGAUAACAGUACACACUCUAUCUACACUACAUUUUGGACCCAAGAGGACCAUAAGUGAUGCUUAAGCUUGAUGGAAAGAGAUUUUAGAGGAUUAAGCUGUCUUAUGUUGUCAGGUCUGGCUGCUAUCACAGUCUAGGAUACUUAUGAUCUAUGAGGGGCAUUGUCUUUCUAUAGCAAAAAAUCUUCUAAUACUUUGGUCUAUAACGACAGAAGCAUAGACCUAAAACUAAAACCAUAUCAGAUCACUCUAAUUCUAACAAGUUUCACUGACCCAUGAAACUAUCUCCAAAAGCAGGAAUUGUGAAUGAAGGUUUUCUUUGUUUCUUUGUGUCACAUACUCCUUCUGAAAUUUAGAAAUGGCAUUAUGAAUGUUGAUACUCUCAUACUUGGUAAUACAUGGUCUCUUUGUGACUUCUACCCCACUGUACCGAAAUCAAGGAUCACUCAAUGCAUCUUCUGUUUGGAAUGUGUCAAAAUUAGCAGUCUAGGAAGCCAGAUGACUGGAUAAAGAGAUGCCUAUUUGAAUUUGUUAAGUAUUAUAGAGUAACAGUAUUGCUGGAAGUAGCUGUGAUGCUGCUGUACAAUUCUAAAGGAUGUCAUUUUCUCAUUAAAAGUCCUAUUGUUGUAUCGAAUUUCUCUCCUCUUUUGAUUGAAGAUAUUAAAGUAUUUCGUCACUGUUGUUAGAAAACGCUGAACUCCCCUGCAAUUUUAGCUCACACAGUGAUGAAAGAUCAAUGUGACGGCGGUGAUUUUUGUCUGUUUGCAGCCUUGAAGAUCCUGCCAUGUUAUAUGUAAGUAACAUGU